AUGUCGCACCCUAAAUGGCGAGGAUAUCACACAGGACUUUAUAACUGCAUGUUGUGGCUCGGUGCUACAGUAGCUAGCUGGACGAUCUUUGGCUGCUCAAAGUGGGAUAACCCGUAUGCCUUUCGGAUCCCUAUCUGGGGUCAGCUCUUCUCAUCCAUCAUUGUCGGCGUCGGCGUUUUCUUUGUACCAGAGUCUCCAAGAUGGCUCAUCGCCAACGGCAAGAUUGAACAAGCCAGGGCUAUGCUCGCUAAGUACCACGGCGAAGGACAGUAA